AUGCGCUCGGAGGCGGCGGCGGCGCAGCUGGGCGGCCUGGAGAUGUUCGCCAGCGCCGGGAAGGGCCGGGGGCUGCGGGCGCGGCGGCGCUUCGCCGUGGGGGAGCUGCUGUUCAGCUGCCCGGCCUACGUGGCCGUGCUGACCGUCAGCGAGCGCGGCAGCCACUGCGACGGCUGCUUCGCCAGGAAAGAAGGACUGUCCAAGUGUGGAAGAUGCAAACAGGCCUUUUACUGCAAUGUGGAAUGUCAGAAGGAAGACUGGCCAAUGCACAAGCUGGAAUGUGCCUCCAUGUGCACUUUUGGGCAGAACUGGCAUCCCUCAGAGACUGUGAGGCUAACAGCAAGGAUCCUUGCCAAACAGAAAACUCACCCUGAAAGAACACAGUCAGAGAAGCUGCUUGCUGUAAAAGAGUUUGAAUCACACCUUGACAAACUAGACAAUGAAAAGAGAGAGCUGAUUCAGAACGACAUUGCUGCUCUUCAUCACUUUUACUCAAAGCACUUGGACUACCCUGACAAUGCUGCCCUUGUAGUUCUCUUUGCACAAGUUAACUGUAAUGGCUUCACAAUUGAAGAUGAGGAACUCUCUCAUUUGGGAUCAGCCAUAUUUCCUGAUGUUGCAUUGAUGAACCAUAGCUGUUGCCCAAAUGUGAUUGUGACUUACAAGGGAACCUUGGCUGAAGUCAGAGCUGUUAGAGAGAUUGAGCCUGGAGAGGAGAUUUUUAGCAGCUAUAUUGACCUGCUGUAUCCCACAGAAGACAGAAAUGACCGGUUAAGAGACUCCUAUUUCUUUAGCUGUGACUGCAGGGAGUGCACUACUAAGGAAAAGGAUAAAGAGAAACUGGAAAUCUGCAAGCUGAAUGAUCCUCCGUCAGCAGAGACGGUAAAGGACAUGAUCAGAUAUGCCAGGAACGUGAUUGAGGAAUUCAGGAGAGCCAAACACUACAAAUCCCCUAGUGAAUUAUUGGAGAUCUGUGAGCUCAGCCUGGACAAGAUGGGUGCAGUGUUUGAAGACAGUAAUGUUUAUAUGUUACAUAUGAUGUACCAGGCCAUGGGUGUCUGCCUCUACGUGCAGGACUGGGAAGGUGCGCUGUGCUAUGGGCAAAAAAUUAUCAGACCCUACAGUAAACAUUAUCCCUCCUACUCGCUGAAUGUUGCCUCCAUGUGGCUGAAAUUAGGGAGACUGUACAUGGCACUGAAGAACAGGACGGCUGGAGUUAAAGCCCUGAAGAGGGCAAUUGCUAUCAUGGAAGUAGCACAUGGGAAAGAUCAUCCAUACAUUUCAGAGAUCAAAAAGGAAUUAGAGGACCACUGAGCCUUUGAAUCUAUGCAAUCCUUCAAACCUUUAUUUAAAAAGCCU